AUGGCCCAACGCAGAUCACAAGCGCAGAGGCCACUUCUGACCCAGGAACAACUUAAAAAGAAGCUCGAGGUCACUAAUUUCGAUCCAAAUGCCAUCCUGCGGGGUGCACAACUCACUGUUGUUGGAGCGUUAAGGGCUUUGCAGAAUCCUGCUUUGUUUACAUCUGAGCAUUACAAGCAGGCGGCUUUGGCUGUGGCUAUUGGCAUAGCAAUACGGAUUGCCAUCUCUAUUCCGGUGCGAAUGUUUCUGAUGGUUUGGUACAUUGAUGCUGAUACAUAUUAUGCAAAGCAUGAAGGUCAAGAUCCAAACACUCUUCGAGAAACGUAUUAUCCAAACCUGCGAAGUUACCCUACACGAGAUGGCAGCACACAUAGCAAGAGCACUGCAGAGGCGAUCACGAUGUUUCUCAUGAGAUUCGGAAAGAAAGCAGGAAUAUCUCUGGCAGUAUUUGCUCUCUCCUAUGUCCCAUACGUUGGCCGUCUGGUCCUCCCGGCCGCAAGUUUCUAUACGUUCAAGUCAGUUGCGGGAUGGGGCCCGGCAGGCAUAGUGUUCGGAACGGGGAUCUUCCUUCCUCGAAGAUACCUUAUCAUAUUUUUGCAGAGCUAUUUUGCCUCCAGAAGUUUGAUGAGAGAGCUGCUCGAGCCGUACUUUUCUCGUAUACGGUUUACAAAGGAACAGAAAAAACAUUGGUUUCACGACCGAGAAGGGCUUUUGUUUGGCUUUGGUGUCGGAUUUUACAUCUUCUUACGGAUUCCCCUCUUGGGUGUUCUCAUCUAUGGAAUUGCUGAAGCAUCAACGGCAUAUCUCAUUACCAAGAUCUCCGACCCGCCACCAAAGCCUGCAGAGAGCGAGGGCUUCGCAGCAAGCCAACAAGAGUGGAGAAACAAGCACGAGUUUCUCAGUAUGUCGCUGUUCAAUCUUGACACUGACAGUUCUCCAAAUGCUGCCCAAGUCACACAGACUCCUGGCACGCAGGGAACAUCAACAGGAAUACCAGACGAACCGCCACCACCAUACACCGAAUUGAGAUCAAGAUAA